UACAUACAUAAAUACAAUUUUCAUCUUAAAUUGAAAUGUCAACUUUAUUAAUGGAUACACCUAGCUUGUAUCUUGAAAAUAAUAAAGAACAAUUAAAUAAUAAAUCUAAUAUAAAAAAUAAAAUUGAUAAUAAUAAAAAUUACAAUAGUAAAAAUCCGAUCAAAAAUAUUAAUAACAACGAUAAUAAUAAUAAUAACAAUAAUAAUUACAAAAGUGAUAAUAAUAUUAAUUAUAAACGAAGUAAUAGCAGUAAUAUAUAUAAUGACGAAUAUAGUAAUGACAGUAAUAUUGAUUUUAUUGAAAAUAAUGAUAAUAGCAAUGAAAACGAUCAACUAGAUAAUCAAUAUAUUAAUUUAAAAUUAAAGAAACCAAAAAAAUGGAGUUGGGAAUUAUCAACUUCGAAAUCUUCACCAAAUAUCGCUUUUCCUAGAAUAUUUCUUUAUGAUCAUAAAGGAAAUUUAUUAGCUGAAGCUGAUGAAGCUGAUCAAAUUUAUGGAACAAAAAUACAAACUUCAUCAAUAAAUAAUAAUAAUAAUAAUGAAGUAAAACAGAAAUUAAGAAAAAAUCAACGUAAACAACAAAAUAUUCAAUCAACUUCAUCAUCAUUGACUGCAUCUGAAUCUUUAACAGAUGAAAAGAAAAUAAAAAAUAGUAAUUUGAAACGAAUUCCAUCAACAUCAUCUAGUAAGAGUAGUAGUAGAAAAAAAGAAUCACUAUCAUCAAGCAUUUUAGAAUUAGAUGAAAAUUUAAAUGCUUUCGUUGAUUACUUAGAAAAUGAAGGUAUAAAUUAUGAAUUAAACCACCAUCCUAGUUCACCUUACAACGGAAUUAAACAUAGUAAUAGCAUUUCAAGCAUUAAUCAAUUUGGUAAAACAAAAACAAAUAUUUCAAAUUUAUCAUCACUAUCAGCAUCUCCAUCUUCAUCUAUUUUAAGACGAAGAAGUUCUAUUUCAGUGCCAUAUCAUUAUGAAGAAGAGGAUAAUACUACUUACCCUAAUAGAUUUUGUGUGCCAUCAAUUUCUACUGUUAAUGAUAAUGAGAAAAGUGAUGACACAACUGAUGUUACUCUCGAUGAAUGUACUACAAAAAGAGUUCUUUCUAAUAAAAUGCAAACGAAACGAAAAAAUUCAAUACGUUCUGUUGGAAAUGCCCAUGAUGAUAAUACUGAUUCAGAUGAAACUGAUGAAGAUGUUGAAAAUGUUAAUAAAAUGAGCAAAAGUGGAAAUGAAACAAGUGAAUCUGAGGCGCCAAUUUGGAUACAAAGUGCAAAAGGAUUAGUAAAACGGGAUAUGAAUGCAAAAGAAUUUGAUCAUAUCAGACCAAAAACGUAUAGAAAAUCAAAAUCAGUCAAUUUGAAUUAUUUGAUUGAUCAAGUUGAUGAUGACGAAUCUGAAAAUGAGAUUAAAAAUUUUAAUAUCAGAACUGAUGUGAAAAAGGGUAAUACAGUUAAUACUAGAAAAAGUGGUUUAUUACGUAAAACUUCAGAUAGGUAUUUAACACCACAAAAAGAAGUUCGUUUUGAUUUACAAAAAAGUAAAAGUGCUACUGAAAUAAUACCAUUUGAUUCAAGUAAAAGUACUGUCAGCGAAGGAACUCAUGAUUCAUCAACAAAAAAAAAAUCACGUCGAAAUAAUAGUAAUGAACCACCUUCAAAAUUUUCAAAAUCAAUUUUAGAAAGAAUGAGUGCAUACAAAAUGGGAUCAUCGACAGAAAGUCAAGAUAUAAAAAUAACAACGGUUAAUCAUGGACCAAGAUAUUUUCUAAGAUCAAGUCGUGCCGGAACUUUAGUUGUAUGUGAAGAUGUUUCUUAUAAUCGUCGCCGACGUACAAGAUCUGCCCAGAGAAUACCAGAAAGAAAUGAAAUAAAAAUGUCACCAAUAAAUGAUUUUAAAAAAGAACUUGGAAACACUAACAAUAGCAAUAAUAAACGUAAAGAUGAAAAAUUUUAUGACGAAGCUAUAAAUAAAUUAGAUAAUUUAAUAUCAAAAGUCACAUUACGGCAAAAGGAUAAAGGUAGUAUUGCAAAACAAGUAAAAUUACGUAAUUCAAAUCCAAUUCUAUUAGAUGGAAAAGAAAAAUGUAGUGGUAAAAGUGUUGAAAAUAUUUCUAAUGUUACUCAAUUACACACUCCUGAUCGAAAGAAAACUGAAUCAGGAAUGAAACAUGACAAGAAUAUAAGAAGGUGUAUUAGCGCUGGCAAUAUUUAUUUAUCUUCAUCCGAUGAUGAAAAUUUAAAACCACCCAAAAAGGAGAUAAAAUUGCGAAGAAGAAAGAAAACUCCCAUGAAAUAUCAAAAAGAUCGUAAAUUAAAUGGCGGCAAUGUAAUACAUUAGGAUAAUGUAUAUAUAUGUGUAUUCAAGAGGAUUAUGAAAAAAAAACUGAUCAUUAUUGUCAACGCUUUCAUUUGAUUGAAAUUGAAGCUAAUUUUAAGAAAUAC